GAAAAAAAAAUUGCUGCAGCUGCUUCUGAACCAUCUACGGUUUCUGUUCCACCACCAUCACCACAAGCGGCAGAUCAAACACCACGAAGGCCGAAAAUUAAUUGGGGUAAAUGUCCACAAUUAGAACCAACCGAACGUGAUAUUGAAGCAAAAUCAAAUAUUCUACAAGAAUGUUUACGACAAAAUCCACCACCACAAUCGGAAUCGCUUACACAAGAACAAAUUAUACAACAUCAACAAAGUGUUACUGAAUGUGCAUUGAAAAUUGAAAAUUGGUUUGAUAAAAAAGGCCAAUAUAAAUAUAGUAAAGCCGAAAAAGAGAUUAAAAAUAAAAAUCUACCUAAAGAUAUGGAAAAAGUAUUGCUGGAAUCACAUAAACAAUGUUCACAGAUUGCACAGGAUCGACAACAAGCAGUGAAAAAUAUGGCCGUUGUUGAACAGGUUCAAGUUUAUCAAGGAUGUAUGGAUGCUCACAUUACACAGAAUUGUCAGAUUCAAAUCAGUGCUGUUUAAAUUUAAAACAUACAUACACACACACACACACACACACACCACAUUAAUCGAUAUAUUGCUUUUGAAAAUCCGGUUUUUUUUGCCGAUUGAUUGCCGAAUGAAUAACAAUAACAACGAUCCGCAGGCAAUAUCCAUGGAAAAUCCAUUAAUCGAUCAAGAAAAAACAGAAAACAAACACAUUACUUUUCAUUUUCGAUUUUCAAACAAAACAAAAAACAACGAACAACCAGUUCUCAAUUAAACAGAAUUUGAAAUAAAAGAUGAAAAUUUUUAAAA